AUAAAUAUCAAUUAAUACUUGUUGGGGAAAAAACUAAGGAAAAAGUUCAUCUCGUAAAGGAAGCUUUUGUUAAUGAAGCAAUUUCCCAAAUUUCUGCUAUCAGAAAAUCUGAGUGCUUUGCCAUCUGUAAACAGAAAAGACGUGCUCUAGUAGAAGGGGGUGGGGGCGCAGUAGACACUAUUCUUCUGUUCGGUUAUCUGUUACGGGAGAAACUAAAUGUGGGGUCUGGCUGGAAGGAAGCAGCGACUGUCAGCAGGCUUCCCCCCCGCAAAGCGCAAUGCUUCCCCCCUCCUGUAGGGGGAAGCAUUGCGCUUUGCGGUACAGCCUGCCGGAAGACCAGCAGAAGGGAGGAAGAAGAGGAAGGAGGAGGAAGACAAACAGAAUCAGAACAUGGAUUUCACUGAGCUGGCUCGCUGUAGAACCAGGAACGAGGACCCGAGUUUAACUGAUCACAACUACUGCAAAACUGGAAUUAAAGAUGAGAGUCAUGAUCCGGAUUUCAUCGACCAGCACAUCUGUAAAAGCGAAAUUAAAGAGGAGAACCAGGACUCGGAACUCAUGGACCAGGGUCUCCAUCAAGUUGUAAUAAAGGAGGAGAAACAUGACUCGAUUUUCAUUGAACAGGACUAUUACAAAAUUGAAGUUAAAGAGGAGAAUCAGGACCGGGAUCUCAUCGACCAGGGCCACCACAAGAGCGGAAUGAAUGAGGUGAACCGGGACCAGGAUCACCGGAGCAGCGAGCCCGCCAAAAGUUACAGAGCCGGCUCGCCCUCUGGUCCCAGCGACCAACAGGGGCCUCCGGAGUCCGGAGACGACAACGACUCUGCCAGUGUCGACUCUGUGGAGGAGCUGCCGUACUCGGACAAGGCCGAAUCUUUUCUCAGCAGUGAUUCUGAUGUGGAUUGGGAACCAGACACCAAGAGGACACACACCUCCCUCCACAGCACCUCUGAAGAAUCAUCUGAUGACGAUCUUCCUCUGCCAAAAGCAGCUGGAGAGACACUGUCCAGAGGCAGAGGCAGGGGCAAGGAGAAGCAGGCAAAGCCCUCCAGCAGCACAGCAAACAGGUGGCACGGUGUGGAGGACGAUGACGCUGAGCCACCGCAGCCUGUCUUCAGACCUGCACGAAUACCUGGGCCCCAGCUGAAAAGAACUGCAUCCUACACUCCACUGCAGCUGUUCCAGCUAUUUUUUUCUUCAGAGGUCAUGCGGACAGUUUUGGCAAAUACAAACAGGUAUGGUGCCAAGCGACACGAGGGAAGGAACAAUAACUGGAGGAAAGUGUCCCUCCAGGAGCUCUGUUCAUAUCUGGCGUUGGUCAUAUACAUGGGGCUAGUGAAGUGCACGGCUCUGACCGACUACUGGAGGACGUCACAGCUGUAUAAACUGCCCCUGCCUGCGUCCCUCAUGUCGCUGAGAAGGUUCCUAGGAAUCACAGCUGCUCUCCAUCUGAGUGACCCAAAGGUGGAUGCAGAGAAUGAGCAAAAGAGGGGAACUGCAGCCUUUGAUGGCCUAUGUAAGAUCAAACCCAUCUAUCCACAGAUUGUGGAAGCCUGCAAGACUCACUUUCACCCCACACAAAGCAUCACUGUGGAUGAAAGGAUGGUCACUUCCAGAGUCCGGUCAGGACUCAAACGAUACAUGAAGAACAAGCCCACAAAAUGGGACUACAAACUGUUUGUCCUGGCAGACUCCAGCUGCGGAUACACGUGGAACUUCUUUGUGUAUGAGAGCAAAGCAGUGGUUGAGAAUGGCAAGGGGCUCAACUAUGACUCAGUCAUGAAUCUGCUGGAUGAGAAGCUGCUGGGCACUGGCUACAAACUGUUUGUGGACAACUUCUUCACCAGUCCAAGUCUUUUCAGAGACCUCCUCCAAAACAGGAUUUGGGCUUGUGGUACUAUGCGUCCAUUUGGUCUUCCCAAAACCGUGGUUAACUCCAUGCCGUCAAACGCUCCCAGAGGCACUGUACGGUGGAUUCGGGAAGACGGCCUUCUCUUUGUUAAGUGGAAAGACACCAGGGAGGUCCUGCUGUGCUCCACUUUCCACAGAGCAUUUGAGGGAGACACGGUCCAGAGGCAGGUGAGAGGGGACGACGGUCAGUGGUCAGUCGUGAACAUCCCCGUUCCAGCUGUGGUCAAGGAGUACAAGAGGGGGGUGGGAGCCAUGGACAUUUCUGAUGCCCUCAUCAGCUACUACAACAUCCUCCACAAGACCAAAAAGUGGUACAAAACAUUUUUUUACCACUUUGUGGACAUUGCAGUGGUGAAUGCUUUCAUCCUGCAUCGCCACAUGAGAAGAGCCAAUGGUGACGAGCCCAUGACUCAGAAGGCCUUUCGGGAGACCCUGGUGUUGGAGCUCGGAGCCUGUAGCCACAGCCUUGUCUCAACAUCGGCCUCAACUUCUACCCCAACAUCUGCCUCAGCCAAACACCGGCCGAAAUACAUUUCUGAAGACAGCAAAACGAGGCGCAGGUGCCGGCGCUGCCACCAGAAGACGCCCUAUGUCUGCUUGGCGUGCAUGGUUCCCUUCUGCAUGCAGCCACAGAGAGACUGUUUCAAUGACUGGCACGAUGAACAGGGACUGUAAGGACUGCGGGGCCCAGACUGGGACUGGCCUCUGUGGAAACAGAAUGUUUUGGAUUGAUGUUUUUAGUCAUUUGUUAUUUUUUGUCUGUACAGAGUAAAUAGUAUACAAAUACUUCUACAAUUUUUUCACUUCAUUUUUGUGAAAUAAACAUUUUCUAAACAUUCUAUUGAUUUGUACAAAAAUAUGGUAUCAACAUCACAAAAUAUCUGUUGUGUUUUGUACAGAUUAAACAUUAAAAUGCAGGGGAUGA